UUAUAAAACUUUAGACAAGAUCUAGUGAGAGAAAGGUAUAACUCUCCCCGCCACAAUCUAUAGUUACAUAGAUAGAUACACACACAUAUAUACCUUCCUCCUAUCUCUCUUUAUGAAUCCUAGGUUUCUUUUUCUUCCUAUUCCUAUUAAUCUCCUUCAAUUCUCACUAGCCCUUCUUUUUAGACUUGCUCCGAUAAAGAUCAACAAACCAUCACAACACACUUAUAAUUAUAUGCAUCCUAUGUAGUAGAUACAGAUACAUAAAAAAUAUACAUAUAUACAGAGAGAGAGAGAGAGAAGCGUUUUCAGUUUGAUCAGUUGUUUUACUACAGUAGGGUUUUUCUCACCGGAAAAAUGUGGGAUCUAAACGGGUCACCCGAUCUAAGAAAAGACCAAGAAGAAUCCAACGGUUGUUCUUCUUCGGUGAAUGAACAAAACAAUAACAAAGGUAAAACUGUCGGUGUUGGUGUUGGAUCCGCGUCGAAUUCCAGCUCCUCCGUGGUGGUUAUGGAGGGAGACAACGGCUCCGACGAUGAUGAUUCAAGAAAACAAAGCAAACAGCCGGUGACCCAUCAGUUCUUUCCUGUGGACGAUCUUGAAGUGGGUCCCACCACCUCUCUUACAGUUGGUACUAUGUCGUCGUUGCCGGCGGCUCACUGGGUCGGUGUACAAUUCCGGCAGCAGUCUCCGGUGGGGUUUGUUGCUGGUGGCUCCGGUGGUUUUGUUGGACCGCCAGAGAUUCCCCAGCCACUUAAAAAAAGCCGGCGUGGACCCCGGUCUAGAAGCUCACAGUAUCGUGGAGUCACCUUUUACCGACGAACCGGCCGAUGGGAAUCACACAUAUGGGAUUGUGGGAAACAGGUGUAUCUUGGUGGGUUCGACACUGCACAUGCAGCUGCACGUGCAUAUGAUAGAGCAGCUAUUAAGUUCAGGGGGAUGGAGGCUGACAUAAAUUUCAGCUUACAAGAUUAUGAAGAUCUGAAACAGAUGAGGAAUUUGACAAAGGAAGAAUUUGUGCAUGUGUUACGGAGACAAAGUACAGGAAGUCCAAGAGGGAGUUCAAAAUAUAGAGGAGUUACUUUGCACAAAUGUGGUAGAUGGGAAGCAAGAAUGGGCCAAUUAUUAGGCAAAAAACAGAGAUUCCAAGUUGAGAUAACCACUAGUCAAGCUUGGCGUGGAAAAAGUCUGGCACUAGAGCUUUUACAAGGAUCAAGCAGAGAGUCGUUCGCAGAACUACCACUUUACUGUUACAAUCUUGAGCGGGCAAAUCCUGGUUCUGUUACACAUAUCAAGACUGAUCACGAGCGUCGGUUUGAGAUGGUCUUUGUCGCGAUUGGUGCUGCGAUUCGUACCUUUAUAUGCAAUUUAAGACCGGUGGUGAUCAUUGAUGCUGCACACCUAAAGGGUGAAUUUAAGGGGACGUUAUUUUUAGCUGUUGGAAUGGAUGGAAACAACCAAAUUUUACCAAUUUCCUACGGAAUAGGAAAAUCAGAGGAUGGUGAAUGUUGGACAUGGUUUCUGUCAAAGCUUAAAGAAUGUAUCGGUGAAAUACCUGAAAUGGCCAUAAUUUCGGAUAGAGCGAAUUCUAUACAUCUGGCUGUUAGAAACGUCUUUCCACAUGUUUAUCAUGGGUUAUGCUGUCGUCAUUUAAUGAUGAACCUACGUUUACCCUCUGAUAAAAAAAAAGAAAAUGAGAAGUUGUGGUGGAAGACAUGCAAAUCGUACCGAUUGUCUGAUUUUAACGAGUCAUUUAAUGCUCUUUGUCUUGCCGUUCCUAGAGUGCGACACACUCUAACAAGUAUUGGGUUCGGUAGAUGGGCACGGGCGCAUUGUCCAGGCAAUCGAUAUCAUUAUAUGACAUCUAACAGCGCGGAGUCUAUUAACGCUUUAUCUAGACACUCGCGUAAAAUGCCGGUAACACAACUCUUAGAGUUCUUCCGGCAAUCUGUACAAAAGUGGUUUUACGAUCGCCGUUUGCAAGGUAUACAUGAAAAACAUUUACUUACACAGUGGGCACAGAAGAAAAUUUUUAAAAAAAUUGAAGGGUCUAGAACAUGGACGGUUGCUGGGAUUGAGUUAAACAGUUAUUCUGUUGCAGACAGUGGAAAGGGGGGUUUAGUGGACUUUGUUAAUGGAACAUGUAGUUGCCGAGUUUGGCAGGUUUCUGGUUUACCAUGCGGGCAUGUUAUCGCCGUUUCAAAAUUUUUAGGUGAAACCGACUGCAGUAAGUAUUGCUUCCCGUGUUACUCCAACGAAGUCUAUAAGAAAACUUAUGAAGAAGCGAUUUAUCCUCUCCCGCAUAGAUCUGAAUGGGAGACUCCAGAAGACCUUAUCAAUCUUCAACCGCCACAUAUGACAAAGCGCCAGGCUGGUCGUCCUCGAGAAAACAACCGAAUCUUAUCCCGCGGGGAAGAACCUACUCCCCUCUAUUGUUCCCGAUGUAACUCAUAUGGUCAUCAUCGGGAUGUAUGUCGGCAGCCCAUGCCGUCAGAAGUUCGUACUCGCAAACACCCAGACAAAGGGAAAGGGAAAGAAACCGAUAAUCCUGAUGAUUUUACACAAUCUCCUGCUGAUUAUAUGUAUCCGUCUUUCAACUUGGGAGACUUUUAAUACUUUAUUAAUUUA